GUCGGCCCGCCCCGUAUACGGUUUAGAGUGUACAAUUUAGGGAAGAAAGAAAAAGGAGUUGCGGCAGAGCGAGAGAGAGAGAUGGAUGAAGAAGAGCAUGAAGUUUACGGAGGAGAAAUCCCAAUGGAGGCUGAAAUGGAAGCUGAUAUGGACAAUCACCCUGCCGCCGACGAGGAUGCCGUUAAGGAAUUGGAUGAGAUGAAGAAACGAUUGAAAGAGAUGGAAGAUGAAGCUGCUGCUUUACGUGAGAUGCAGGCCAAAGUUGAGAAAGAGAUGGGUUCUGUUCAAGAUCCUGCUAAUGCAGAUGCAUCCCAGGCAAACCGCGAGGAGUUGGAUUCAAGAUCAAUAUUUGUUGGCAAUGUUGAUUAUGCAUGUACCCCAGAAGAAGUUCAGCAGCAUUUCCAGGCAUGUGGUACUGUGAAUCGAGUUACCAUCCUGACUGAUAAGUUUGGUCAACCUAAAGGUUUUGCGUAUGUGGAAUUCGUGGAACAAGAAGCUAUUCAGGAGGCACUCCAGCUGAAUGAGUCAGAACUGCAUGGACGCCAGCUGAAGGUUAUGCCCAAGAGGACUAAUGUACCAGGGAUGAAACAGUUUCACCCUAGACGUUUCAGUCCUUAUCAACCUUACGGAUUCAGAAGGCCAUAUGCACCUGCCCCUUAUUUCUAUUCUCCUUAUGGAUAUGGGAAAGCUCCAAGAUUCAGGAGGGCAUCACGGUACAUGCCUUACUAUUAAACCAUGCGAUAUGCUGCUACAAAAUCUAAUUCAAGCAGUCACUUUAAUCAUAAAAGAUCAUGAAUACUGUAUCAACUAGAUUUUGCUUGAGACAUUAUAGCCAUUGCCUAUCAUAAGUUUAGGUAUCCUUCAUCUGCAUGUGAUUUUUAGGGAAGUCCUUUCUGUAUUAGUAUUCUGGAAGCAUUUACCGAUUUGAUAAUACAUUUUACUUGGAGCAUUUCUGCUGCAACUGUUUUGAGUUAGUCUUUAAA